UUGUUGUUGUUGUUGUUGUUGUUUUCUUGUGUGAUUUUGAUUUUGCCAACAACUCACAAUCAAAAUGGCUGCAACUGCAUCUGCGUCUGCAUCCCUGCCAAAGCCCAGCCGCGGCAUGACGGUGGACGAGGUCGCAGACUGGGUCGUUGCGCUCGGCGGUCCCAGUCAGGCGUACUCGCCCUUUGCCGCUCGCCUCCGCGCUGCGGGCUUUGAUGGCGCGCGCCUGUUCGCCCUUGCAGAGACGUCUGCUGUUGCUGCAGCAGCAGGCACCGCGACGAGCAGCGGAAGCGGCGGCGGCGGCGGCGCAACUCAACAACCUGCUGCUUCUGCUUCUACUUCCGCUUCGGCUCUGGCGCUGAACGGCACUUCGGCGGCCCAGCUCGAGGCGCUGCUCGCGGCGGCGGAGGGCUCCACGGUGGACAGCACGACAGGCGCCGCACGCACUCCGCUGGGGCACCGCGAGCACCUGCUGGCGGUCGUGACCGAGGCCGCGCUCGAGUUGUCCUUGCGUGAUGAAGGCUAUAUUCAACGGGAAAUGGAGCGCUGCAUUGACGGCGUCAUGCGGGCAACGGAUGCAGACAACCACGACGCCAGUAUCGAGUACUCGAUGGCGUUUGCCAACUUGAUCCGUCGGGCCGUCGCCGCCUUGGACCCCAUCGUCCUGCCAAUUGGCGACCGCUCCGUCCUGCGGGCCCGCCAGCAGACACUCGCCCUGUUGUCCGAGCUCUGCCGUCUGUGCGAUGCCGUUGCUGUCGACGGCACACACGAAAUCACCACCUCGUCGGUGAACGCGUGUGUGCUGACUCUGGCCGAGGCAGCCGGAAGCCUGUUGCUCGCCGGACACAUUUCCGCCGCUGAUGUCCAGGAUGCGUCCGAGCUGUCGCCAGAGAUUGCACAGAACCUGGAGGACGAUGAAGGCGAGACCAUGACGCCGGGGGCCAUGACUCCAAGCUCGCCUGUGCCCACGUCGCCCCGACUCAUCCCGCCAUCUGUGCGUGCUCCGCUGCCACCGCAGCAGCCCCCCUCAAGCGACAGUCUCGGCGGCUCUGCGACCCCAAGCUCCGAGCUGAGCAGCUUGAACAUUCCCGCCGGUACCAGGCUGCGCGAGACUGCGCUGGACGAUCCCGAGUCUGAAAUUUCCAUUACGUCGCCCACGUCUUCGAGCAGCUCGCCCCUGCCACCGAGCGACAAGAGCGAGGAAGAUCGCCUCGAGUCGCUCCAGCUUCAGGAACAAGAGAGCCUCUAUGCACAAGACCACAAGAACAAUGCCAAGAUUCCCACACACAAGGUGGCGCUGACCAAAAAGUCGAGCGAGCGCUUUGGUCUUGCCAUUGCGCUUGGUGGCGCCUACAACAACCUUGUCGUGGUUGGCAAGCUUCUUCCAAACGGCGUGGCCGAUCUGAGCAAGCAAGUUCAUGUGGGCGACGAGAUUGUUGCCAUCAACAGCCAAUCUGUGAUUGGUUUCCAGCCCGAGAAUGUCAAGACGCUCAUUAUUGUGGCCGCAGAUGCUGUCACGCUCGAGCUGCGCACCUAUCCGCCAGAGCACCCCAACUCGUACCAAAGCACCAAGAAGGCGUCGGAGCUUCGUGCGACCAUCACCUCCAGCGUCACUGCUCAGCCGCACAUUUCAACUGCCACGAAAUCUCCCGCAAACACUGCUGCCAAAGUCGCGCGGUCGGGUGGCAAACCCACCCUCCAAACUGGACCAAUCGCGAACGGCGCUGCCUACGAAACGCACGUUGCUGGCGGAGUGGUUCUCCGCCGCCCCGUUGUCCAGACUGCCGCGUCCAUGAUUCCAGCUGCCUCUGCCGAUCGCGAGCCGCUCAAGCCAGCAAGCAAAACUACGGACGACCUUGCCCGCGAGCCUCCAGCACCCCAGCGCAAAAAUUCGGCUCCUACCCUGCAUGCAAUUCCGGCGCCUGAAGACGUGUUGGUUCCCAUGCCUCCAACGGAGAAUCUGCCCACGGUCGACAUGCCGCACAAUGUGCCUAUCGCGUGCCGUGAUUUGAUCAAUCCUCGGUGUUCCGGCUGGCUGUGGAAACUGGGUGGCAGCGGCUUGACUCCCAAGAACUGGCGUAGGCGCUGGUUUGUUCUCCACGAGUGCAACUUGUACUACUUCAAAACUGCAUUUGAUCGUAAAGCUCUCGGCAUGAUUAUUCUGCCCUCGUUUAGCAUCACAGACGCUUCUGAAGUCAAGAAAAAGUUUGCCUUCAAAGCUGCUCACACAAACAUGCGUACUUACUACUUUUUCGCCGAGACCCGCGAGGACAUGCUCAAGUGGAUGAACUACAUGAGCUUGGCUGCCAUUCGUUUCUUUGCCGAUACUGACAACAUGACACCAUCGUAUCAAGUAUUGGCACCAUCCAAAGGCCUGGCGGUGUCUGAUGGCAGCGGCGGUGCGGCAGAAAAGUCGUCCACCAAGAAGUCGAUUCGGAAGCAAACUUCAUUGCCAGUUGAAAAGUCGGACGCUAAGAAACAAAAUUCGCAGCCGACAGACAAAAUGAAGAAGCAACCGAGCAUUGAUGAGUUGGCCGAGUUCAACAACCGGCAAUCCCUCUACGAUCCGAACUUUGGUCUUCCUCGCCCUGGCCGUGAUGCAGCCCCCGUGCAACCCAAGUCUUCGCCAGCAGCCGUCCUCGCGAGCGCAGAUGACGCGAAUUUGCCUGCAGCCGUGAUUGCAGCACGCAACGCCGCUGCCAGCAAGGCUGCACAGCCAAAGCGUGUCCGAAUGCAACACGAGGAAGCCUCGCUCGAUUUGCAAGGAAAGGCAAAAGCUCUUCGUGAGCGACUGGCCAAGAAGGAGCGGGAAUUUGCUGAAUUGUGCAAUCUGUUUGGCUCUGAGAUUUCGUCCGAGCGGUUGCAACAGUUUAUGAUGGCUGCGCGUCAACGCGAUUCCAUCUACUUUGGUCUCGACAAGGAGACUCUGGACACGCUGAAGAAUCUGCCAUAGGCGGUUUGAUUUUGGCGUUUUGCUUGUGUGUACGUGUGCUGUUGUUGCUGUUGUUGUUGUUUUUGUUGUUGGUGCUUGCCUUUCCGUCAUGUGUGCUAUGCAGGCAUGGGAGAUGUACAUUUCUGUUUGCUUUUGUUUUGUUUUGUUUUUGUUUCAGUGUGGUUUGUAGUCUGAUCAUUCGUGUUCCUUCUCUUUCUGGCUUCCUCGCUUCCACCUUUUCGAGUGGCACAUGUUGCUUUGUUAUGGAUCUCGGAUAAUAGCAACCUCUUGAACAUCUCAAUCCACCAUUGC